AUGUACAUGCAGAUUCUGGAUAAACGCCUCAGCCGUGAUAGCCCUGUGCCGGUUCACACAGUUUUGGGAGGCGGGGGACAUGUUAAAAUCACAGAUAACUGGGACUCAAACAGGCUGAAGCCUCUCUUGAACCCAGAUGACAAGUGGGCUGCUGUCUGGAGUCGAGGUGACUUAAACUACUGGGCUGCUGCUGUCACACUGCUGCUCGAAGGCCCUCCAGUCGCGAAGCGCACGGUGCCGGCAGCAGUCGAAGGGCCUCGCAGAGCCCCUGCUCGGUUGUGCCGUGAAUGUCUUGCUGUUCUGCCAUCUCGGGUUCCGAAGGGCCUCGCGGUUACAGCUGCCAGUCUUCAGGUUUUGGUUGUGCCACGGCAGUUUUAUCGAUUGGCAUCAUUUGGUAAAGAAAAAGACAAAGAGAAGAAGUUAGAUGAUGACAGCACCAGUACGACAGUCCCUCAGUCAGCUUUCUUGGGCCCGACAUUGUGGGACAAGACACUGCCAUACGAUGGAGACACUUUCCAGUUGGAAUACAUGGACCUGGAAGAAUUCCUCUCAGAAAAUGGCAUUCCACCCAGCCCAAACCAGCACGAGCAUAGCCCACACCAGUCAGGUCUCCAGCAAGCUACCUCAUCAUCACCUUCUGUCAUGGACCUCAGCAGCAGGGCUUCUACUUCAGUCCAUCCAGGCAUGGUGUCGCAGAACUGCAUGCAGAGCCCGGUCAGACCAGGACAGAUCUUGCCAGCAAACCGAAACACACCAAGUCCCAUUGAUCCUGAGACUAUCCAAGUUCCUGUUGGCUACGAACCUGACCCUGCAGAUCUUGCUCUUUCCAGUAUUCCCGGCCAGGAGAUGUUUGACCCUCGUAAGCGCAAGUUCUCUGAAGAAGAGCUGAAACCACAGCCGAUGAUUAAGAAAGCUCGCAAAGUCUUCAUUCCAGAUGACCUGAAGGAUGACAAAUACUGGGCAAGGCGUAGAAAGAACAACAUGGCUGCUAAGCGAUCGAGGGAUGCCCGCCGGCUGAAGGAGAACCAGAUCGCCAUCCGCGCCUCGUUUCUGGAGAAGGAGAACUCAGCUCUCCGCCAAGAGGUGGCCGACCUACGGAAAGAGCUGGGCAAAUGCAAGAACGUCCUUGCAAAGUACGAAGCUCGACACGGCCCCCUGUAA